GAUGUCUCUGUGUGUUUAGUAAAGGUGGUCUAUAGUUUUUUCCCUCUGGUUGCACAUACUGGUAACCCUCUAUGGUAUGGUGUUUCCCUCAGGCACCAAACCACCUUUUUGGACCUCACACCGCCCCUAUAAUUUUUAAAAAUAAAAUAAUAUUUUUGGGAACAGAAAAAUGUAUUAAGAUCAGAUGCUUCAUCGAUGAGAAUAUUAUCAGAAUGUGGGCCCAGUUUCACCUACUUCCCUCCUCUCCCAUGCACGACUCAACUUCCUCUCACUACCAUAGUUGUAAGGGCAUGUUUCAGCUUUAUAGCCCUGUGACGUGUCUGGGUUACUGUAAUAACCCAGACAACAAUAACCCAGAUACUACUUGUCAGUGAGCACUGCACUAAGGUAUGAAGGCGUAACAUGCACAAAAUAGCUACUAGCUUUCCGGAUCCACGUCAAAAUGUCAUUUUGCCUAUCGAUUUAAUAUCCAACAGAAAAACAUAACUGCAGCUGAGUAAGUUAACAUGUUAAAAUCUAUAUGGAUGUUACUUCUUCCUUCUCUUCUUUUCUGUGCCCCGCCCUAAAACAUUUUAACUCCCAGUCAUUCAUUUGCUUGGUUUCAGCACCCACGGCAAUCAUGAGCAGCUCCAGGCAGGUACCACCUAAAAAAAGGAAACCAACAGCUACAUAUCUGAAACGGAGGAAAAUAAAUGAAGAAAGCUUAAAGUCAUCAGGAACAGCAUUUAUUGGACAGGUUAUAAAGUUUUGGAAUAGUUCCCUGUGGGAGGGAGUUGACAGAAUAGAAGAUUACGUGGAAAAGUUGCUUCACAGCAUCUUUUUCUUAGGUCACAUUCAUGAGGCCCGUCUUCUUCCAAAUGCCUUCUUUGAGUCUCAAGCGGUGAAGGACAAAUUAGAAACAACAUUUCAAAUGGCAUUCCACAAUUACAUGUCUCCACCCUGUCAGACUCCAUUUUCCAUUCUUCUGACUUUGGCUGUCAGGCUUUGUGGUCAUGGGGACGAAUAUAAAAUACAAGAACAUCUUCUAAGUUUCCUGGGAGCAUUGAAAUUGCCCCCCAAAAUAAAAGGCGAGAGUAACUACACCAACUACUACACUCUGGAGGCUACUGUCAUAGCUGUGUGCUACAACGAAACCCCUGGAGCCCUCAGACCAGUGAAGUACUAUGGAGCAUCCCUGUCCUGCAGAGGGGAGAGAGCAAAGAGAAUUAUGAUCAAUCAGUCUUGUCUAAACGUGUGGCAUGACUAUGUGUCUUAUGCAGUGUUGUCAUUCAGACAUGAUGAACAGGGAAACGGUAUCAGCUUCCCUGGCACCGUAAAAUGCAGAGCAUUCUACAGGAAUCACCAGACCAAUUGUUAUGAAGACCGAAGGCCGUGCAAUAACUGUGGGGAUCUUUUCUCUCUCUCAAAUCCUGAGACGGACAGAAAUGACUUUCCCUACGGAAACUGUGCCGAAACGGAGUGCCUGAGUAACCUUAUUUUCAAUGAUGAGGAUGUCAGGAGCAACAUGAUUUUGGGAAUCUACUACAAACGGAAAACCUGAUUUAGAAAUAUGGCAGAAAUAGCUUUGGGACAGAGUCUUAUGGCAUAGGUCUACUUAGCACCUCUGAACAGUGUGCAUUUGGCCGUCAUUUUCAAACCAACUGCAAGCUGUGACUGUGUAAACUUCUAUUAUGUGAUCAGGAUGUCUGCAGCAAUAUGAGUUUUGUACACUAAACAAGAGAAAAUGUCUUAGAAAAAUGACAGAAAAUGCUUUUGAACAUUUAGGUUUUGUUUCACACAGGAUUUAUACAUGGUGUUUUUGCUGUGUUUGACUUGGAAGUUUCCUCUGAAACUACAAGAACAAUGGUGUUCUUUAAUCACUCAACUGUGAUUAAGGCAACUGUGCCAUAGUCAUAAUGCACAAGUAAAUGGUUUCUGUCACUUAGAGUUG